AUGUCGCAAUCAUACUUUCCAAAGGAUUUCCUUUGGGGGUUUGCAACAGCGAGUUACCAAAUCGAAGGCGCACCGCAUGAAGACGGUCGUGCCGAUUCCAUCUGGGACUCGUUUUGCCGCAUUCCGGGCAAGAUUGCUGGAGGAGACUCCGGCGAUGUGGCCUGUGAUUCCUACCACCGUGCUGACGAGGACAUUGCACUGUUGAAGGAACUUGGCGCAAAGUCUUACCGCUUUUCCCUCUCAUGGUCCCGCAUCAUUCCGCUUGGUGGACGCAAUGACCCAGUAAACGAAAAGGGUCUGCAAUACUACAUCAAGCUGGUCGAUGGGCUCCGUGCUGCCGGCAUCGAGCCCAUGAUAACCCUGUUUCAUUGGGAUUUGCCCGAUGAGCUACACAAGCGAUAUGGGGGCAUGCUAAACAAGGACGAAUUCGUAAAGGACUACGAGAACUAUGCCAGGGUGUGUUUCAAGGCAUUUGGGUCAAAAGUAAAAUAUUGGAUCACCUUUAACGAGCCAUGGUGCAGCUCGGUACUUGGCUAUGGCACUGGGCUGUUUGCUCCUGGUCGUUGCAGCGAUCGAACCAAGAGCGCUGAAGGAGACAGCGCGAGGGAGCCAUGGAUCGUCGGACACUCCCUCCUCAUUGCUCAUGGUGCGGCAGUCAAGGCCUAUCGCGACGACUUUAAGGCGCAGGAUGGAGGCCAGAUUGGGAUUACUCUAAACGGGGAUUGGACGGAGCCGUGGGAUCCCGAAGAUCCAAAGGACCGCGAAGCGUGCGACCGGAAAAUUGAAUUUGCCAUCUGCUGGUUUGGAGACCCAGUCUACUUUGGCAAGUACCCAGACUCGAUGCGUAAGCAAUUGGGCGAUCGAUUGCCAGAAUUCACGUCGGAUGAAGCGGCCCUGGUCAAAGGUAGCAACGAUUUCUAUGGCAUGAAUCAUUACUGUGCCCAUUAUAUUAGGCACCGGGAUACUGAGCCGGAGCUGGAUGACCACGUCGGAAACCUUGAUAUUCUGCAUCAGAAUAAGAAAGGCGAAUGGAUUGGCCCAGAGACACAAUCCGUGUGGCUACGGCCGAUGCCGUUGGGCUUCAGGAAACUGAUCAAGUGGCUUAGUGACCGGUACGGAGGCCCAACAUUCUACGUGACAGAAAACGGCACCAGUCUCAAGGGCGAGAAUGAUCUGCCUCUGGAGCAGCUGCUUGACGAUGAGUUUCGGUGUGAAUACUUUAGGGGUUACAUUGGUGCAUUGGCCGAUGCCCAUACCUUGGAUGGGGUAGACGUCAGGGGUUACUCUGCAUGGAGUCUGAUGGACAAUUUCGAGUGGGCCGAGGGCUAUACGACGCGUUUCGGCGUGACCUAUGUCGACUACAAGGGCGGACAGAAGCGAUACCCUAAGAAGAGUGCGCGCGAGAUUUCGAAAAUCUUUGACAAGUACAUCAAAAAGGAGUAG